AUGUGUGUAUUUAUUGUGUUUACGUGUGCUCGCGACAAAGCUAUUUCAAUAAAUACAUAUAGAAGCGCCUAAAGUCGCGUUCGUUCAUUCAAGCAUCAAACUCCUUCGACAACAGUCAAAGUCUUGCUCGCGAUCAAGUAAGGCCCAAAAUUGAACAGGUGUCGUAAUAUUCACUUCCGGUACGCGUAAUUUGAAGACGGCCCUUUCCACAAAUUGCAUCUUUGCUUGAAACGAAUCGAAAAACUCUUUCAAUUACACGUGUGCUUCAAUCAUCGCCGGAGACGCCAUCACAGCUAAACUAACAUAAUGCUAAUUUGAAACGGCCCAAGUGCAGCCACAACAGAAACGUAUUAAGGGAGAGACCCAGACCCAGACCGAGACCCAGACCCAGACCGGACGGCCGUCUGGCGUAUUGUGGUGGAUGUGGAUGUGGAUUAUACAACCCGGAUUGACAACUGGGAGAAGGUUGGCUCUGGCUCUGGCUCUGGUGGACAGACAAACACGUAGUCUGUCAUUUAACUACUAUAAUAAUUAUCAGUGCUGGAUUAUUAUCAGUGCAACGAAACGAGACAAGAGGAGGAGAAGGAAGAGGAGAACCCCACUCAGCUGCAUCUCUCUCUCUCUCUGUCUCUCUCAGCCGGACGGAGCUAACAAUCAACACAAUGUCAGCAUUCGCGAUUCGCCAAUCCCGGAGCCACAGCAAAAACAGUAUUAGAACGCAGAUGAACAGAUGAAAGCCGUACAGGGUGACGUCUGGACCAAACCAACCUAUCCGCAACGCAAAUUGGCAAUCAAAGAAUUUGGCUUCUGGUUGGAAGAAGGAGCACUGAGUACGGGCACACAAUAUGCUGACCACGGACAAGUGCACAUCGGGAACACCAGCGCCGAUUAUUAUCAGCGGCAACACAAAGCCAACGAUAACUUCAUGCCUUGGCUCGGUGCCGGCGUCGGCGACGGCGACGGCAUCGGAGCAGCAUACACACCUGCCGCAUAAACAAUCGCAUUCCCUGCCCCAUUUAACAAUGCAUCACACCUGCACACACGCGCUGCACAGCCAGAAAUAUGCACCCGAAGCGCCACGGCGAAAUCUGCACGAGCUGCUGCUGGAACUGUUGGACGUGCUGCUCUCCUGCCUGGUCGUGGCGCCUUGCGUGAUCGCCUAUUGGCGCGGCACCUGGGAGCUGAUGGGCGUGCUGCUCUUUCCGAAUAGCCAGCCCUUUUCCGCGCUGGCCUCCUUUGUGAUCGGCGGAGUGGGUCACUUUAUUUUCACCAUUACGCAGAACUUCUUCAAGGAUCACAUACAUCCCGACAAGCGACGACUCACCUAUUACGCCAUCUCACGUCUUUAUACCGCCAUCUUUGGCAUCGUCUGCGUCAAUAUGUGGCGCGGUGCCUGGAUGAUUUGCGACUGGCUCACGAGCAUCGACUCCCUGGCCAUCAUCUCGGUGGUGACUCUGAUUGCCUUGCUCUUCCUGGUCGGAACCCGCACCCUGCGCAAUCUGGGCGCAGCGCCCUACACCGUGACCAUGGACCACAAGAGCGACUACUUUGAGGUGGACACCAUGUUCAAAAUACCGGGUUUCAAUCAACCCGGCCUUUACGUGCUGGACACAUUGUUUUCCGUGUUUGUCAUUGGCAGCCUGGUCGUGAUUGCCUGGCGCGGUGUCUGGGGCAUCUUCGAUUUAACCCUGUAUCCGCGCGACAAGGCAAAGUCCGCCUGGGGAUCACUGCUCAUUGGUUACCUGACGGUCUUCGUGACCUUUGUCCUGCAGCCGCUCAUGCGUUACGUGUGCCGGCGCAUCAGCGGCAUCCUGAAGCUGAUCAUUUGCGAUAUCUACUAUCUGAUGACAUUUUUCGGAGCCGUAAAUGCCUGGCGCGGCAUCUGGAAUCUGCUCGAUGUUUAUGUGUUUCCCGACGAUCGGCUAAUGAGCUUCUGGAUAACGCACCUCAUUCCGUUCCUGGUGCUGGCCGCCCUCAAAUGCUCCAACUCGAUUCUGGUGCGUGGCGUCUUCAUCGAUGCCGAGGGCUCCGGCGCCGAGUGCGUCCAUCUGCCCAUCAACUAUGUGCGUCUACAUUUUCUGCGCGAGCGCCGCAAGAAAUUGGCCUCCGAGCCGUAUCUGCAUUUGGAGUCGCCGUUUUACUAUGUGAAAGCGGAUCACACGACGGCGGGGCUGGGCAAGCAUUCGGAGAAGGACAAGGAGGCGCAGAACAGCCUGAUUGAGAAGCCGCCUGCCAGCGCACAGAUCAUCUGAAUCUGAAUCUGAAUCUGAAUCUGAACCGGAAUCGGAAUCAAUUCUCGUGACAGACCAUGUUUAACUAAUUUUAAAUGAAUAAACUUAAGUUUAGCUCGUGCUUGGAGACAAAAGCAUACUUAACAGCCUGGCUUGUUGGGCUCUCACAUUAUUAUUGCUAUUUUUAACUGUACAAAACUCAAUAUAUAUAUAUUUAUGUGUUAUACUAACGUACGUAUGUACAUUAAAUCGUUGGUACAAAUUCGCCACUUUUGCACUUUUCCUUUCCUUCUGUACAUUAUGCACUGCAAUCUAGUUUUCGCUUUCUAUAUACAUUUAUUCUACAUAUUUCUUAGAGGCACAAACUAUUGUAUGUUUGUUUUUUCUUUUGUUUAUCGAAAUUGUAAGGAAAUUUGCAAAUUCUUUAUAUGUACAUAUAACUAAUUCCUACAGUUUUGGCGACCGGAAUAUGCUCUGUUUUCGAUUUUACAAAUCGAGCACAUAUAUUUGUAAUUUUGAACAAUAAAUAAAGUAGUGCAACAAUUUUCAAUUUCGCGAAGAAACAUCAAAUUAACUCACAGUAUUUUGUAAAAUUUAAAUUUUAAAAAAUUAGUAAUACGAAUACAAAUUAAAUUGCAUUUCUCACUCCAUAAAAGUAUGGAAAAAAUACAAUAUAUAUAUUUGACAAUCAAAGAAUAAAAUUUAAUUGAAAAAUUUA